AUGGCCGCUUGUUCUGGAAAGAUGGGUGGAGAAGCCGCCUGUAGAUUAUCUCCAAUAUAUAUAUGUGUGGGUUCAGAUGAGGAAUAUUCUGAUCAAUUACUACACAAAGAAAGCACUAUUUGUCCUGGGGGAAGUUUUGCUGGAGAAGUGAUUGAAGUUGCUUUUGAUCCAGAAAAGCCACAGGUUAAAGAGUACAUAAGGGUUUAUGUAAAGUUUAAUGUGUCUAAACCUCUGAGAAGGGCGAAAAAAGUUACGAUUCCAGGAGGAGAAGAGGUGAACAUCUUAUAUGACUAUCAAAGAAUUCAGAAAAGAUGUUAUACUUGUCAGCGUCUUACUCACGAGCAACCUCAAUGCCCUUUCUUCAAGAAGUUAAGAUUGGAUCCUUUGUCCGGAAAACCAAAGAUAGCGAAAGAAGUUCUGGAAGGGAUGAUAAUGUAUCUGAUGGUAGCUGAUGCACCCGAAAAGAUAGCUAGGAUCGAAAGGAUAAGGAAAUCUUUGAGAGACCUUGAGAAUGAUCCUAUUGGUCAAAAAACCAUGCUCAGAUUGGAACCUUUGCCUACUGUGACAAAUGAUCUUGAUAAAGGUAAAGGAAUCGUCUUCAACUUUGAGCAGAAAAAGGAAGUAGCUUAUAAACCUGAGAAGUUAAUGGCAAGUGCAAUCUCUGCGGUUGUCAGAGUCCUACAAUCUGGGAAGUUGGUUACAGCUCUGCCAGACCUGAAUGAGUAUUCUGGUAGUACCCAAUCUGGUUUGCUGAUGGAGGGUUCAACGGGUUAUAGUGCUAGUUUCUUUGAGACUAAUGCUUUCGGGACUACUCUAAAGAAACCUAAAUCCAGAAGAAGGCCGGGAACUUACACAAGAAAAGCAAGUGGAAAACGUGCUCUCGGAGGAGAUUCGGCUAAGGGGAAGAAGAUAGGGGAAGGUGUGAUCACAGAUUUAAAAAGGAAGGCAGAUGAUGAUGUUGAGCCAUCUCAAAGCUCUACAAGGUUUAAGAAACCAUUGGUAGUCCCAAAUGAGGGACCGUCCAAUAUCUAA